AUGCUCCGCCUCAAACCCUCGGUGGCAGCAUGCGUGCUGGCUGCUGCGUAUGGUGUCCUCGCUCAACCGAGCGUGCAACUGCCGUCAGCGAACAUCACUGGAACAGCCCUCACGUAUCCUGGAGUGACAGGAGCCACCACGGCGAAUGCAUAUCUGGGCAUUCCGUUUGCGAAACCUCCUCAGAGGUUUAUGCCACCCGUUGCGCAGCAGCUCUCAGGAGACAUCGAUGCGACGCAGUGGAAGGCCUCGUGCAUGCAGCAAGGAGCUCAUAUGUCAUGUGGAUGUACUUCCUUCUUUUCGGCUUACAACGCUACCCAGAGCGAGGACUGCAUUUUUUUGAACAUCUUCACUCCAGCUGAAGCUUGCGAGCCUCUCCCGGUCUUGUUCUCCAUUCACGGUGGCAACCUCCAAACUGGGAGCGGCAGUCUGGCGGUCUUCAACGGGGUGCCGAUCGCGGCUACAAAAGAAGUGAUUGUUGUGACGAUCAACUAUCGAGUUGGUGUCUUCGGAUUCGUGCAGUCACCGGAGCUCAAGGCCGAUGAGAAGAACCCUGGAUUCCUCGAUCAGCGAAUGGCGCUCGCGUGGGUGUAUGAGAACAUUGCUGCUUUCGGAGGAGACCCAAACGCCAUCACGAUCGCUGGACAAUCCGCUGGAGGAUACUCCGUCAAGCAGCUGCUUCUGAACCCGCCGGAACCUCUAUCUUUCCGAGCCGCCAUCAUGGAGAGUCAAACUUUGCUCGCACCCAUCGAUAGCUGGCCUGCUUUGGUUGGUCUUACGGACUGCACGACAGCCCCGUCGCAGCUUGCUUGCGUUCAAGCCGUCGAUGCCUCGCUCAUCGCCGAGCUCUCGGCUAAGAACAUGCUGUACUUCCCUCCGGCCAUCGACAACGUGACCAACAGCGCUCACGCCGAGCUCGCAAUCGCCACUUCUCCUCGAGUCCCAAUCCUCACCGGUACCAACGGCAAUGAAGUCGCCCAGUUCUUCCCUGAUGUCAACCCGGCGAUGGCUUCCGCGCUCUGGACUGCCGUAACGGGUGGUCGUGGCCCUUCUUUCGAACAACUGUACAACAGCUCUCUACAAUCCCUCGACCCCUACCAAGCCGUCCGCCGUCCAUUGAACCAAUACGCCUACACCUGUCGCGCAAAGAUCCUAUCCGAAAGAGCUGCACAAACCGGACACCCGACAUGGCGAUACUUCUUCAACGCCACGUUCGCCAACGUCGACAUCGCGUAUCCCGGAGAGAACGCUCAUGGCGCCAGUCACGGUGCUGAAUUGCCUUUGAUCUUUGGCACGUUUCCGUCGCAGGGGAGCGAUGAGGAUCAAGUUCGUUUGGGGAAGUACAUGCAGGACACCUUUAUCGGAUUUGUCAAGGAUCCUGAGUCGAGCUUGAGGUGGCCUCAAGUUGGUGGUUCAGAGCCAUAUCUUCUGUUCGUGGAUAAUAAGAGUGGGCCGGUGGAUACAGUCGUUGGCAAUGAGGUUGCUGACUUUGAUUGCGGGCCUUACGAGGCUUUGUUGCUGAUGACUGGAGAAGUCUAG